UAUCAUCUUAGCUUCUGCCUGAAAGGACAAGGAUUAGAUGGCAACUUCCCUGCUGUAAUAGACUAUACACCAUAUUUGAAGUUUACACAAAGUUCUGACAGUAUCAGCAGUGAUGAGGAAGAACUCAGGACUCUGGGCAGCAGUGGCAGCUCAGGAAGCAGCACUCCAGAGAAGGUGGGCCCUCCUUUCAUCAUGGAUGAGAACAGCUGGUUCAACAAGUGUAAGAGAGUGAGACAUAAGUAUCAGCUAACCCUGGAACAGAAGGAAAAGUUACCAUAGUCUUGACCAGUUGUCAGCAGAAGUUAGCCUUUCUCAGACUUCAUUGGAUCCAGGUCAGUCACAAGAAGGAGAAGGAAAACAAGACCCAUUGAAUUUCAUCAGUGAAGGU